AUGUCGUUCGAAACAACACAAGGGCCCGUAUCCACACCCGGAGACGAGACGCGAUCCGCUUCAAUGGCAACGUCUCAGGGAGCUGCGGACGAAGUGCAUACAUCCAUGCCUGACAACGCGAACGACGCUCCGCCGCAGUCUGUCGACCUUUCCGACAGCUACGGAACACCGCCGUUUCCCAAGUCUCCCAGGCUGGAUCCGUCGUCUCCGCGCAAUUUCUCCACCAUCUCCUCGCUCGCCGGCUCAAGGGAGCUGGGACGUCCUGUUCUCGAGCCGACCACAAGGAUCUUCGCUGUCGGCCCGACAGCCUCGACACCGCCUGCCAAAGUGUCUCUGCCAUCCACGCGGCCCGCCGAAAAGUCUCGACCACCAUCUCCGGGCAUCUCGGAAGGGCAUCCCGCCGAUGUUGCUUUCCACGCCGAGCCCCAGGGCUUGAUGCAGAUGCUGAGCCUUGUGGGAAGCACUUUGCUGGAGGCCGAGCGCGUCGGAUUCACCGAAGACGAUACGGACGAGCUCGAAGCUCAGCCGUCUGCGCGCACAGCUGGUCCGAGCGAUCCUCCCGAAAUCCCGCACGACGUCACGGGCUCGGCGUCGAGGAGAAGCACACGACACUUUGCUCCAGGCCUUGCCAGGUCAGUUUUCGACCUCGCAUCUGCCGGUACAGCCAAGGGUCGUCUGCGAGCGCUGGCUCGCGAGGAUGCAUCGGACGACGGCUCCACGCCGCAGGGAAGCCGCUCGCCUCUGGACGGCUCGGUUCACACCAUCGGAGCCAGCCGAAAGAAAAGAAUCUCCCUCACCCAGAGCGAGAUCUUUGCGUCGCCUAGCGAUCCUACGGCGGACUCGAGCGGAAGGCGUGCCUCCAGUCUGCGCUCGCAGCUUCAGCCUAGCCCGUUUGCGUCGGGAUCCACCUCUACAUUGAAUUGCGAACUUGACUCGGACCCUCCGGACUCGCUCGAUCAGCGUUCGACGCGUCAGACUGCGGCCGGCACCCUCCCGAUCCAGAAAGGGAGCAUACCCAUGCAGCACCAGUUGAGCUCUUCUCCGAUCAACUCGAUCGCCCAGCUGCCCACAGAGGGUGACGUGGAUCCACUCCUCAUUCGACCCUAUUCGCAGACGCUCGUCGCAGACGCUCCGGCGUCCGGUUCCGCCCUGGAUCACGAUCGGCUCGAACAGCAACUCCGAGACACCUUCCAGCUCGACGCAUCCGAAACUUUGGUCAUGGCCCAGCCCUGCUGGCUUUUCCGCUCGCUCCUGCUGCAAGGCCAUCUCUACCUCACCAACGGACAUCUUUGCUUCUACGCCUAUCUCCCCUCGCGCGACGAAAAGGUCGUCAAGACUGGAGUGCUCGGCAAGCGAACCCGAAGGACGCAUCGCUUCAGCAAGCAUUGGGCUUCCCUCCAAGGCAGCAAGCUCAGCUGGUUCGACAGCGAUCGAGAUCCAUACUUUCCCCAGGGCCACAUCGACCUUCGCAAGGUCUCGGCGAUCGAGCCGUCGCAGAAUCACAAGGAUCGCUUCAAGCUCAACACUCCGGCUCGUAAAUUCACCUUCCUGGCCGAAGACGAGGCGAGCCGCAACGCUUGGGUCUCGGCACUGCAGAAGGAGACCUUCCGAGCGCAAAACCAGGGCGAAAGUGUGAGGAUCAGCAUUCCGCUCGAGACGAUCAUGAAUCACGAAACCACUCUCUCCGUCGACGGCACCGAAAUGGUCUGCAUCAGCGUUGUCGACGAGGCUGGCGACUUUUCGGUCGACGAGUACUACUUCCUCCACCUCAGCAAGCCGGGCGCGUUCAUCGCGGCCCUGAACGGACUCAUCGACUCUGGUCUUGGCUCCGUCUCGUCGUUGCAGAGCGGAGAAGCGGCUCUCAAUCUCUCCAAGCUGAGCAUUCGCGAUUCCACGGGCGCUGCGUACGCAACUGCCAUGUCGCGCAGAUCGCUCGAAGAGGUCCCAACGCUCCCCAAGGUUCCUGUGAAAGCUCAAGCGCCCGAUUCCACGGUCGCGGCUGACCAAGCAGAGACAUCGGCAACUCCCAAUGCACCUACAAUGGCGGCGGUGGCGAUUCCGCAGUCUGGUCGGCGCAAAUCACAGGAUGGCUCGGCAGAUGGCGUGUUCUCCACAACACCGCGCGCUGCUGCGCUGAACCGUCUCUCCAUGGAGUCGACGCACACCUACCCUCCCUCUCCUUCCUUGUCGGAUCCACCAACGUCUUUCGACCAGGUCCAAAGGGAGGCAGAGCGUAGCUGGUCCAUACCAGGCUGGCUCAAGUCGGCACCGGCCAAAGUGCUAGGUCGCACUCACAGCUCGCACCCUCACGCAUCCAACGCUCAGGAUUCCGAGAGGACAUCUGGUAGCAAGCGGCGUCGCAGGGUCCUGGAGACGUGGUCCGGCGACAACACCGAAUCAAUCAGCAGAGAGGGAUCCAGCACCGACACCGAGGACGACAUGCUUUCGCAUUCCAUCUACUCGACGCAAUCGGGCUUCUCGAUGCUGGACGCCGAUGAUGAGGGACAAGAAGACCUCGGACGUGUCGCUGCAGAAUUCAGAGACACUUUCGGCGUCGUCCAGGACGAAGGCUUGGUCGGCCACACGCACGCCUACCUUUACCGCGUCCUGCCCGUGGCCGGUCGCUUCUUUGUCUCCGAGCGGCAUCUCGCUUUCAGAUCAUCCGGAAUCGCCGCCAAGACCGUCGGCAGGACGCUCAUGCUGGUCCCGCUGCAGGAUGUCAUCUCAGCUGCCAAGCAACUGGCGUUCCGCCCAGGCCACCACGGCAUGGUCAUCAACAUCAGCGGGCACGAGGAGCUUUUCAUCGAGAUCUCGUCCGCCAAUCGGCGUGAUGAGCUUCUCUCCCUCAUCGAGUACCAGCUGGAGCUCAUCAGCGCUGGUCACCGCAGCAAGGAGUCGCGGGACACAGUCAACCGCGAACGGUCGCACGCGCUAGUGCUCAGGGAUCUUAGCGAAAAGAUCACUGACGACCCAUCGACCACUUCGGUCGCCUCCUCUGCCGAUUCGUCCAUGCUGUCUCAGCAGAGCUCUGAUCUCGAUGCUUCCGGGGAUCUGUCCCACUUAGGCGGGCGAGCGAGUCUGCUUACGUUUGCACCGACCGCGCCUUUGACCUUUACGAUGCUGACGAUCGGUUCACGAGGCGACGUGCAGCCCUACAUUGCGCUCGCCAAGGGCCUACAGGCUGACGGUCACAACGUGCGAAUUGCGACGCAUGCCGAGUUUGGAGACUGGAUCAUGGGGCAUGGCAUCGGCUUCAGCGAGAUCGGCGGCGACCCGGCUGAGCUCAUGCGCAUCUGCGUAGAGAACGGCACCUUCACGGUCUCGUUUCUGCGCGAAGGCGUCACGAGAUUCCGCGACUGGCUCGACGAUCUUCUGGCCUCGGCGUGGCGAGCGUGCCAGGGCUCGGAUGUGAUCAUCGAAUGUCCCAGUGCCAUCGCCGGUAUCCACGUGGCCGAGGCAUUGCAGGUGCCUUACUUCCGCGCGUUCACCAUGCCGUGGACGAGGACGCGAGCGUAUCCCCAUGCCUUUGCUGUGCCGAACAACAAGGCAGGCGGCAACUACAACUACAUGUCGUAUGUCAUCUUCGACCAGAUGUUUUGGCGGGCGUCGUCGUUCCAGAUCAACCGCUGGCGCAAGGCGCUGUUGGGUCUCAAACCGACCAAUUUCGAUAGGCUCGAGCAGCACAAGGUGCCGUUCAUCUACAACUUUAGUCCCAGCCUGGUGCCUCGGCCGCUGGAUUGGUACGAGUGGAUCCACGUCACGGGAUUCUGGUUCCUGGACAAUCCGGACAACUCGUCGAGCAAGAAGUGGGAGCCGCCCGAGGAGCUGGUGACGUUCAUUCGACGCUCGCGCGAGCGGAAGCGCAAGCUGGUGUACAUCGGAUGGGGCUCCAUCGUUGUUCCCGACGCCGAGGCCAUGACGAGGUGUGUGCUGCAGGCGGUGCGCAAGAGCGGCGUGUGCGCGAUCCUGUCCAAGGGCUGGUCGGAUCGGCUCUCUGGCGACGCCACCAAGCGGUCCGCGGCGCUGGAUCCUGCGCUGGCCGAAGACGUCUUCCAGGUGAGCUCCGUGCCGCACGACUGGCUCUUCCCGCAAAUCGACGCCGCAUGCCACCAUGGCGGCGCGGGCACGCUCGGCGCCAGUCUGCGCGCCGGUCUGCCGACGGUGGUCAAGCCGUACUUUGGCGACCAGUUCUUCUGGGGCCAGCAGAUCGAGAGCCUCGGCGUAGGCAGCUGCGUGCGCCAGCUCACGGCGGACAGCCUGGCCGCGGCGCUGAUCACCGCCACCACCAACGCCAAGCAGAUCGAGCGCGCGCGCAAGCUUGGCGAGCAGAUCCGCGCCGAAGACGGCAUCGGCAAUGCGGUCAAGGCGAUCUACCGCGAUCUGGACUACGCGCGCAGCCGCGUCAAGCGCCAUACGCGUAUCGAGUCCGACGCCCCCGCCGCGCCACAAGCAGAGAACACGGAGCCGACCGAGCUGCGAGCGGGUCAGCUAGGUGCACGACCGGAGCUGGCACGCACCGCAUCGCAGGGCUUUGACGACGGCCACUCGUCGGACGGCUGGUCCGAUAUCGGCGGCGCGCCGCUGAGUCCUUCACCGCGCAACGCUGAUGGCGAUGCUUUACUCGACCUGGGCCGAGCCGGUCCAGCGUGUGUAGAAGCUCCUCUCAGCUGA